AAAAAUGGAAACUGUAUUACGUCGGACGGUUCAACCCUUCACUGAAUCAAAUUUAAAGAUUCCAAAAACAGUUACUCUAACUAAACUAACCCCAGUUAAAACUGAAGAGAACAUAAUUUCCAAGCUAAAAAAAUUACCUGGUAUUACUCUAGAUUUAGUUAAAUCUGAGCCAAUUUUCAAAAUUCCUAAAGUUCCAAAACUUAAAAAAAGUAACAAUAAACAAAUUAUUACGUCUGAUAAUAAAUCAAAAGUUGUUUUUGAAAAAAAUCUAUCAUUAAAAAAACAAAAUGAUAGCAUAAUUGAUAAAAAUAUAGUUAUAAUUGAUACUAUUGAUCUUACCAAUUGUAAUUCAAAUGUCAAUAAGACUUCAAAAAAGAAAAAGGAAUUAAAUUCUGAUCAAAUAAUUCCAAAGUAUUUGAAAUCAUCUUCUUUAAAAUAUUUAUACUCAGAAAAAGAGAAUAAACAAAUAACUAGUUCCCCUAAUAAAUUUCUAAAAAAUAAUUGCACAAAAACCAAACCAGCACAUUCAAAAACUAUAAAAUCAGUUGAACAAUUACCGAAUUUAUCUAAUGCCUUGCCUGUAGUAUUAAGCAGUAAUUCAAUAAACAGUAGCACACAAUUUAAAAUCUGUGACAAAAAGGCUUUAAAAUCUAAUGAAGAUUAUAAGCUUAUGGAUUUAUCAAUUACAGGUCAAGUCAAUAUUGUUUCGGCAUCAUGCUCAGAUUUUAUAGAAGAUGUUAGUAAUACCGAAUAUAAUAGUUUUUUAAUGGGAUUUAAUAAAUCUCCAGAUUAUAAUUAUGGUAUGGGUUUACGAACCUCUCAACAAUUCGUGGACCAUAGGCCAAAUGAAUUAUUAAUUGAACAAGAAUUUAUAUCCUUUUUUUCGGAUUCGCAAACAAACCCUCCAAUAAGUACAAAUAAAUCUAAAAACGAGCAUUCUGAUUUAUUUCUUUUAUCAUACUCUUUAAAAGAAAAUGUCUCACUGGACUAUUAUAAAAACGAACAAAUAAACAAUUUGUGUGUUAACAAUACAAUUAAUGGUUUUGAAUACGAAAAUAAAAAUUUAGAAAUUGAAGAAAAAUCCAAUUUAUGUUCAAGUAAUAAUGUUUUUAAAAUCCAACAGCUUCAAAUGAAUGAAGUUCAUGAUACCAUGGAAAUACCAAACGACCAUUUUAUACAGGGAAUGAGAACCUAUUUCCAUGAUUACUUAUUAGAAGAAGUUCUUAUAAGUGAAAAUAGAUCAAUUGAUUGCCCUAAACAUAUACAGGAAAUAUUAUCGAACACCGAACAAAUGUCUUCGAAUAUAAAGUCAAUCGAAAAUACAAAUUGUACUAAAAGAUGGCAACCACAAAAUGAUUUACAUAAAAAGCGAAAGACAGUAGUACAAUAAAUAAUAAUAUACAAAAAGUAGUUAAUCUUAUUUUUAUGGUUUAAAAUUCAAUUAGGUAAAA